AUGAUUACCCAGAGAAAACCGACAUUGCCUAUAAAGCUACAGCCUUCAAAUCUUCGACCGAUUGUGUUUAGAACUCUUACGAAAAAGCAUGGUCUCAACAUCAAUUCUGAAGCGUUAGCUGUGUUGACAGACAUUAUUGGUCAAAAGUUUGGCUUUGCUUGGAAGAGUACCCAGUCGCAACAAUUUCUAGAGGAGAUUGCGAAAUAUUGGAAGUUGGAAGAUAGAGGGAUAUUUAUUGAUAGUAAUGGGCUUAAGCAUGUAAUAAAGGAUAUAUACCGAAAAGAAGAUGCAAUCAAUAUGCAAAAGGCUACUAGAUCAGACACGAUAGUUGAUGAUGAUGAUAAUAAUAGUAAUUCUAUAGAAGAUGAGGUAGAGAUCCAAUGGGAGGACUAUUUCAAGUUUAUCUCACCCAAUGAACAGCCGCCCAGUAGAUUUGAUAAAACUCGAAAGCAGUUUAUCGUGAGUAUACGCAAGGAGAAAUUGCCGAUUUUAGCGAGUUUGAGCUUGAAUGCAAGGGCAUGUGUCGAGUCAAAGAACAACCAGUAUCAUUUGAUAAUGGACCGAUUGUCAAGAAACGAAAACUUUCAAAAAUCAUCCAUGACGAGUAUAUCAAACUUGAGCGCUCUUGCCAAAGAUGGAGUAAUAUUGCACAAUGAAAUUACGUUGAUUAAGAACAUGCUAGGAAGAGAUGGUCAAAAAUUUUUGUUAUUUGGUCUAUUAUCCAAAAACUCUAGCGGCGAGUUCAUCUUGGAAGAUUCGACUGACCAUAUUGAGUUGAAUCUUUCACAAGCUUUGAAAAAUCAAAGUUCGUUUUAUUGUGCAGGAAUGUUUAUUUUGGUAGAGGGUAUAUACUCGGCCUCUGGUGGGAAAUCGAAUCAAAAUCAGGAUUAUAUGGGCGGUUGCUUCUAUGUGAGUAAUAUUGCUAAUCCACCAGCAGAGAGACGGGAUAAAAGCUUGGAAGCCUAUGGUCUUGUUGAUUUUUUGGGAGUUCACCGACACGUGGUUCCAUUCAAUGGAGACAAAACAGUGAAAAUUCCUAAACAGUACAAAAAAAAAUUGGUUCAGAUUGAGAAGUCAUUAUCAAACCAUAAGCUCAUAUUUUUAGGAAGCGAUUUGCAUUUUGAUUCACCUAGGGUAAUAGAAGGAUUGAGAAAAUUUUUGCAUAAAUUGGAAAAUUCAAUUAUAGAGGAUGAGGGUGGUAGCGAGUCAAUGACGCCAUUGGCCUUGGUUCUUUCUGGCCCAUUUUCAUCCAAACCGUUAGCAUCAAGCAACACUUCGGUGACAGGGGUAACUAACUCUGAAAUGUUCAAGAGCAACUUUGAUCAAUUUACAAACUUGUUGGGCACAUUUCCUAACGUUGUACAUACCUGCAAAAUUGUACUUGUGCCCGGAGAAAACGAUCCUUGGCAGUCAACACACUCGCUUGGCUCAUUUCGUUUUAACGCCCUUCCGCAAGCGUCAAUUCCUAGAGUAUUUGUAAAUAGACUUGAAAAGCUUUUACCUAGAGGUAAUUUGAUUCUUGCAUGGAACCCAACUCGAAUAAACUAUCUUUCACAAGAGAUUGUGAUUUUCAAAGACAAUUUAAUGAAUCGGUUCAAAAGAAAUGAUUUAUUGUUGCCACAUGAUUUGGAAAUGGAGAAAGACCCUAUUGAGGAAAUGGGGGAUAAAGAGAGAAUUGAUCAAUUGAUUCAGCGUAAGGACGAGCAUAUUAGUAACAAAAUCAAACAAGCAAGAAAAUUAGUAAAAGCAUUGUUAGAUCAAGGAACGCUACAACCGUUUGAAAAUAGCUUAAGGAGUAUCAAUUUGCAGUACGAUUAUAGUUUGAGAAUUGAACCAUCGCCUAAUGUUAUAAUUUUGAACGACGCCAGUUUUGAUAAUUUCGAGGUUACUUACCAAGGUUGCAAAGUCGUCAACUUAACAAAAGCUGUGGCCGAAGGCGCUAGAAAGUUUAAUUACUUGGAAUACUAUCCCAGCUUUAAGAAAUUCGAGUUCAAGAACUUGUAUUUUUGA